AUCUUAGCUCCACCCAUGUAACACUAACACUACUAGAGGAAGCUAAUAAAAUGUAAUUACGUAUAAACUUCCCUUUUUAAAGCAGCCCCAGGCUCUUAGGCUCAUUCUGUUACAGAGGCUUUUGAAAAGUCCACUACAUCCUUGGUGGUACAGACAGAACCAAACCAACCGACAAGUCAGUGUGCAGUCCUUUCACACGGUGCCGAAGAGACGUUAGCGUUAACUUGUUCCCAUGAUGCUGCUGCUGCUGCUGCUCCAGUUUUCCAUAUGCUGCCUCAUGCCGGGGAACUGUGAACUGGUGACAUCUUUUGAGAACACAUGCCCUCAGUUUUUCUUCAGGGAAACCCCCCCAGAUGAUGCCAUCAAACCUGCCAACCCAGCCCAGAUCUGCCAGCGUUUCAAGAAUCAGUAUCGCUUUGCUACCUUGUAUGACAGGGACAACCGCAUUCCAAUAUACUCUGCAUAUGUGUACCAGCCAGGUUCUGGAAAGAGACCUAAUAGCUGGAUGGUGGAACCCCAGCUGAUGGGUUCAACUUACCAAAAUGAAAUGACAACAGAAUGGAUCCUCUUAAAUGAGAUUGGUGUUGACCAGGGACUGCUUCAAGAGAGCCAGGCUGUCCUCCAGGAUUACAAGAAUCUGGUUAAUUUCAACAGGGGUCACUUGAAUCCCAAUAGUCACCAACCCGACUCUGACUAUAAGGCUGCUACUUUCACUCUGACCAACAUUGUGCCACAGUUUAUGAAUCUCAAUGGUGGAAAAUGGAACAACUAUGAGCAAGAAAUAAUGUUGAGUAGGACCGAAGAGUGUGCUACGACAUAUGUCGUUGUGGGAGUGGUCCCUGGCAACAAUUACAUAGCUGAAGGCAGAGUCAAUAAGCCCAGCUACAUCUGGUCUGCUGCCUGCUGUGAGAUUGACAACAAUCACAGGAAGUCCUGGGCAGUCAUUGCUCCGAAUGACCAGAAUGUGGUCCAGCUGCUCAAUCUGGGGGAGCUAGAGGAGAAGCUGGCUGAACUGUAUAGAAAGGAGGAGAUUCUUCUGUUUCACAGUGACUGUCCCAGACUAUAAAACCCUAACCCCAUUCACUCCCCUCUCCACAAACCCCUUGGAGAAAGGGUUGAGAGCCUUUGCCAGUAGCUGUGUUGUCAUGAGCAUUACAUACUCCUUUUUUGUUUAUUAAAUGUUUGUAUAGCCUUUUCUCCCCAAGCCAA